UGGGAACCUACACAACACAACACACAAGAGACGCGUUCAGUUUUGUUCCGUCGCGUCGCUCGCUUGCAGUACGUGCCUCUUUAACAAGAGGCGUUGCUUUACUAGCCUAUAUGUUUUAAAGAAGAGAUUUCCGCUUCCUGAUGUUGUUUUAAACGCUCAAUUGAACACAAGCCAGAGCAGCAGGACUGGCCGCAGCUGCAUCUGAGUGAAGUCUCCAAUGAAUCCACCGCUAAGCGGAGGCGGGAACGUUAAGAGGCUCGUGCAAUGAAAGUGUCAUCAUCAUUUAAGACUACAGGCACGAGCGAGUGUCUAAACUGACCGAGUCCGGCAGCCGCACAGACUUCAGCAUGUCGGAGCGUGGAGGGCUUCAGCAGCGAGCGGGAGCUCCGUCUCCCCACCUGCAGCAUCUCAAGACGGUCACGAUUUCUUCGGGUCGCCCGGUUCAGAUGAACCUGUUCGCGACAUGGGAGAUUGACAGCUCCUCUCCCAGCUGUGUGCCCAGACUUCUCAGUCUAACUCUUAAAAAAUUAGUGAUUUUGAAGGAGCUGGACAGGGAUCUCACAUCGGUGGUCAUCGCAGUUAAACUUCAGGGCUCAAAACGCAUUUUGCGGUCAAAUGAAAUCAUGCUAUCCUCUGCUGGCCUUACAGAGACUGAUCUUCAGCUGACCUUCUCUCUUCAGUACCCACACUUUUUGAAGAGAGAUGCCAACAAGCUUCAGAUUAUGCUCCAGAGACGCAAGAGGUACAAGAAUCGCACUAUACUGGGCUACAAGACCCUUGCACUAGGAAUGAUAAAUAUGGCUGAGGUGAUGCAGCACCCUACAGAAGGUGCUCAGGUGUUGGGCUUGCACACAACGGUGAAGGACACACCGGUGCCCGUUGCUGAGAUCAGGGUCUAUUCUCUCUCCAGUCAGCCCAUCGACCCAGAGGGACCAAAGUCCAAGCUAUCCGAUCGUUCACCAGACUUUGAUAAUUACUCUGAGGAGGAAGAGGAAAGCUAUUCAUCAGAGCAGGAUGGCAGUGAUGAUCCUCUACAGGGGCAGUACCUCUAUGACGACGAGGAUGAACUGAGGAAAAAGAAACCUCGUCGUAAGCUCCCUUCCACAGCAUCCAUCACCAGAGCUAACGUAAGUGACCAACCCAACAUCAAACAGAAGCUUAUGGCAUUGGUGAAAUGGUUUAAAGUGUCUGAUGAGGUGGGGUUCGGUUUGGAUCAUGUGUCCCGAGAGCAGAUCCGGGAUGUGGAAGAGGACCUGGAUGAGCUCUAUGACAGUCUUGAAAUGUACAACCCCAGUGACAGCGGCCCAGACAUGGAGGAGACGGACAGUAUUAUCAGCACCCCCAAACCCAAACUCCGGCCAUAUUUUGAAGGCAUGUCACAGUCCAGCUCUCAGACGGAGUUUGGUAGCUUGAAUAGUAGAUGCAGCCACAGCAAAGACAAGCUGAAUCCUAGGGGCGAGCAGACUGUAUCUGGUAAAAUCCAGCGUUCCCCCAGUGCGCAGAUGGAUGAUGCUUUCUCAGAAAUGGACACACUGGAACUCAAUGAAGUGGAGGUGAUAGCCGACGGGACCCCUAGCAUCACUUUAUCAGUGGCGGAGAGGCCCCGGACCCCACAGAGGAGCAAUAGCACUAACAUGCCAUCUCCCAGGCUGGAUGGCAGUCAUACCCCCAAACAGAGGCGAGGGACCCCUAUGAAAGAGAGACAGCUGUCCAAACCGCUCAGCGAACGCACCAACAGCUCAGACAGUGAGAGAUCUCCCGAGCUCAGCCUCACCCCUCAGAUGCCAAGGAAGAUAGUAUACGACCAGCUCAACCAGAUUCUGCUGUCUGACAGCACCCUUCCUGACAGCCUUAUCUUGGUGAACGGCAGCGAUUGGCAAGGACACUAUGUGGCUGAGCUGCUGCAGGCCCAGAAGCUGCCAGUGGUGUGCACCUGUUCAGGAUCAGAAAUCCAGGCCGUCCUUUCUGCCCUGCUCACACGCAUACAGAAAUUCUGCAACUGUAACUCCAUCAUGCCCAAACCGGUGAAGGUUGUGGCGAUUGGAGGUCAGAGCUACUUAGGAGCCGUUUUGAGAUUCUUUGUCUCUCAGCUCGCCAACAAGAUGUCUGACUGGCUCAGCCACAUGAAGUUUCUUGUGGUGCCUUUAGGCUCUCACCCCGUGGCCAAACACCUGGGUUCUCUGGACAAUCGCUACAGUUCUUCCUUCCUGGACAGCUCAUGGAGAGAGUUUUUCAGCCGCCCAGAGCCUCCCCAGACUGCUUCUUCCUCUGCUGACUUCGUGGAUGUGGCUGGACGAAUUCUACAAUACAUUAACGGAUCUGCAGUUACGCAUCAGCUCCCCAUUGCUGAGGCCAUGCUGACCUGCAAACAUAAGACGCAAGAAGAAGAUUCCUACCAAAGUUUUGUUCCUUUUGUGGGUGUGGUUAAGGUGGGAUUGGUAGAGCCCAGCCCAGGAUCUUCAGGUGGAGAUUGUGAGGAAGGUUUGGCUUUGAGCUUGGCAGUUCCCUCAACGUCUCCACCUGCUCAUGGAUCUCCCACUGGGAUGAUGAAAGAUUCUGCAACGCCUCCUCCAUCACCUUCACUAAGUGGCGGACUGGCUGCUCUAGGGAGCCCCAGCAUGGACGCAAUUGGGCUGCAGGUGGAUUACUGGGUAUCUUCAGGGGUUGAGAAGCGCAAAGACGGAGAGCGGAGAGACAAUAAGAUCACUUUGAAGUGUGCGUUCAGAUCCUUGCAGGUUAGCCGACUGCCCGGAUCCGGCUCCAUUGAGCUCCAGACUGGCUCUAACACCAUGUCCAUGACUGUGGUGACCAAGGAGAAGAACAAGAAAGUCCCGACCAUCUUUCUAGGGAAGAAGCCGAAAGAGAGAGACACAGAGUCAAAGAGUCAGAUCAUUGAAGGCAUCACCAGACUCAUCUGCUCUGCAAAGAAUCAACAAACCAGUCUAAGAGUGUCUGUAGAUGGGAUGGAGUGGAAUGAUGUGAAGUUCUUCCAGCUGGCGUCUCAGUGGCCCACUCAUGUGAAGUACUUUCCUGUGGGGCUGUUUGGGUACAACAAACCAUCUUCCUAGUGACCUCUGACUUGGGAAAAACAUGGUAAAGUUUCCUGACCCUGCUUGUUAUAGCCUUCAGAUGGAAUAGAGGGCUAGUUGUUCUUCUUGAGUGGUCGUGCUUCCUGUACACGAUAGAUACUUGAGCCAAAGUGGGAGAUCUUGAAAUUCUCAUCAGUGAUUGGUGGCAUUUUUUGAUCUUGUUUCAGCCUAUAGAAGGCCAGAGCAGACAAAGACUAAAAUGGAUGGAUCAUGAGUGGGUUUAGAAUAUUAUUUAUGAACCUUUUCUACCAGUGUUUUGUCUGCUGUGCGAUUCAUGAUGCAAUAAUAUCCCAAUAUUGUAUUGUGUUUAUAUUGAAAUGGUACUUGACGUUAGUGAUUUAAAGUCCUCAGAUUUAUUAUUUAUACCUUUUUAUUGUACUUUAAUGUAUGAUUAGUGUUACUUCACCUAAUUGAAUCUGACAUCCAAAGCUUCUCAAACACUAUGUAAAGAAAAAAAGAAGCCUUUGAAAUACUUUAUUAAAGAAUAUUUUUGUCUAUGUAUGAAAUAUUCUACUGUCCACUUGUAUAAAAAUAUAUAUUUGCUUAUGUGAAUUAAUCUAUAUGUAAUUAAAGCAUGUAUGUAUAUGUGCUUACAUCAGGGUUUGUCUAAGAUGCUAUGGACACCUAAUCCAUUCCACUGUGGUUUCUGAGUUUAAUCUCUUUGUCGCUAUUAAUUUAUUAAUCUGCCAUUACUAAAGGUAAUCACUGGUCUCUACCUCCCUGAUGCCUUCCAUAACAAAUACGAUUAUCUGAGAUAAGUAAUAAUAAGGGUAAACAUAAUAUGGUUUUUGUAUAUUCUAAGUGACCUGAGAGCACGUUUGAAAAUUGUGAACCAUUAUUGCCUUUCUAAAUCUGUUGUACACAGCUCUAGAUAGUUUGCAUGAUGCAGUAUAUUGAUCAGUAUGAUUGCAGUACACAUGUGGUUAUUUUGAUAACACUCUUCAUGUGAAAAGUCAGUAUUGUAUAUUUUGGUCUAUAAAGCUUUGUGUGGUAUUUUGAUAUUUACAAUUAACUGCAGAACUAAUAAAUCUAUUGUAAAUGCUAA